UUUAGCAUUAAAGACCUGGAAAAAAUGUUCCUCUCCUUCGUUGUUGUACUGACAGCUGCCGCGAGCUUAGCUAAAGCGUCGCCCGUGAUCGAACAUCCAACUUCCUACACACCUGGGAAAACUGAUUCGCACAAAUACAAAGUCGUCUGCUACUACGGUAGCUGGGCCGUAUACAGGCCUGGAGAUGGAAAGUUUCCUGUAGAAAACAUUGACCCGUUCAUAUGUACUCAUCUGGUCUAUGGUUUCGUCGGACUCGGCUUCGACAACAGAAUUCGAUGUCUUGAUCCUUACUAUGAUUUAGAAGAAAACUAUGGAAAAGGUGCAUUUAAAAGGUUUACGGGCCUGAAGAAGAUAAAUCCAAGCCUGAAAACAAUUGUUGCCAUAGGAGGCUGGAAUGAAGGUUCCACUCGUUAUUCUAACAUGGCAGCCUCCAGUGGAACCAGGAAGAUCUUCGUGGACAGUGUUGUCGAAUUUCUCUUGAAGCACAAUUUCGAUGGUUUGGAUAUGGAUUGGGAAUAUCCUGCAACGAGAGGUGGCAAACCAGAAGACAAACAGAAUUUCGUCGCUUUACUAAGGGAACUGAAAGCCGCAUUUCAACCACACAACCUGCUACUCACAGCCGCAGUCUCUGCCGGUAAACAUACCAUAGACCUAGCUUAUGAUAUUCCACAAGUAUCGCAGUACUUGGAUUUCGUGAAUGUCAUGUGCUACGAUUAUCACGGCGGAUGGGAAAGCUUUACAGGACACAAUGCUCCUCUAUACGCUCGACCGGAUGAUAAUAAAGAAAAUCAAAUGUUGAAUUUGAAUUUCUCAAUCAAUUACUGGCUAUCCAAAGGAGCACCCAGAGAGAAACUCGUCUUGGGUAUGGGUCUGUAUGGCCGAUCCUUCACCUUACAGAGAGCAGAAAACAACGGUUUCAACGCAUCGGCUCCACAAAAAGGGCGAGCUGGUCCUUACACCAGAGAACCCGGCUCACUGGGAUAUAACGAAAUAUGUGAAAUGCAAAAGACCCAAAAAUGGAAUGUCGUAUGGGAUGACUAUUACAUGUCACCCUACGCUUACCAAGAUAGGCAGUGGGUAGGCUACGACAAUGAAGCCAGUAUAAGAUUAAAAGUAAACUACGCUAAAUACUAUCGGCUCGGAGGAGGCAUGGUGUGGUCAAUUGAAACGGACGACUUCCAUGGAAAAUGUCACGGUAAAAAAUACCCUCUCUUGACGGCAAUAAAUGAAGAAUUCGCUGACCCAUCGAUUGCCCUUCCUUUGCCACCAAAAGCUCCAGCUACACAGCCACCAAGCGCAUCUACUAGCACUUCAACAACAUAUAAACCUUCUGCUCCUACAACUACAUCUACUACGACGACUACGACCACGACCACGACAACAACACCUCGUCCACCACCGACAACUACUACUACUACCACUUCAACAACUGUUGCUGCAUGGACUUCCUCAAAGGCUCCAGAGCACGAUCCCAUCAGCGCUCCAAGCUUCAAAUGCACUCAGGCUGGUCUUCACAGAGAUCCAGCAGACUGCCAGAAAUUCCACUCUUGCGUGCGCGUGCAAGGAGAAAGUGGUAGUUCCUUCUUGCCAUAUGAAUUCUCCUGCCCUCCUGGAACAGUGUAUGAUGACAAAAUUCAAGGAUGUAAUGUACCCUCUCUAGUUAAAGGUUGCGAAAAUGCAACGGUGCAAGUUUUCAGCUUCUUCCGCCCUGGAGCUGUAUAAUAAUUAAAGACCACAAAGAACUUAAGAUAAAAUUAUAGAGGGAACUACUCUGAUAUGCGCCCUCAAGUCGCCAAAUUUCUCGCCGGAUAUUUUUGGCGAGAAACUUCACGCUGCCAUAUUACUAUCUAAAUUUUUUGUCUACAUU